AUGGCUAUCUACAGUUCCGUCCCGCCACCCGAGCAGCAACCAACCACAACUACUCCUCCUACAGCAACAAAUCCUCAAUUGACUACCAUCCCGGUUCAGUCGCCUCCUACGCCAGUCAAGAAUAACGGUAUCGACAUCGAUGCGUGGACUAUCUCGGCUCUUCAGUCGCUCGCUGUCUCUCCUGUCGCCCGUGGCACAGCCACCCCUCUCGCUAUUCCCAUCGAUGAAACUGUCAAGGCUCAACCCAAGUCUCCCGAGCGAAAUGUCAACUUUGACGAACGCGAAGUUCCCACAUCGACCCCGAGACGUCCUCCUUCCAGGAGGGACAGUCAGCGAAAGCGCGAGCUGGUCCUAAAGGGCAAAGAGGGCAGUCGCCAGCGUCGUCGCUGGGAGAAUGACCGCUUGAUGCAUGUUCCCAACGUUCAGCCUCCGCUGCCCUCUGAUUAUGAAGUCCAUCCCACGCAUACGAUCCAUCGAGUACCUUACCAGCUUGCCCAGUUCUGGGACCGAGGCGUGCGUCAGCGCGUUGAGGAUAAGACUGCCCGUCUUCAGGCUGAGCGCAAGAAGCAGCAGCUGGAGUCGGGUAGCGCCACUGGCCUCGGCGCUGGUGAGGUACCUCGCGACUUGCGUGAAGCCACAAAGCGUAGUCCCGUAGUGCGCAGCUGGGUGCGAUCUUUGGAGGAGCCUGUGCGACAAUAUCUGACCAGCCAACGGGCUGCUACUGCAACCCAUGAGGAGGCUUCCGAUGACAGUGAUAGCGCAGCUGAUCAGAUGGACUCGGAUGAUGAGGAGAUUGUGUUCGUCGGUAGGAAUGGCGCGAUGCGGGAGUUGAAGGAGAAGAAGGCGACAUGGAAACAUGCGCAUCGAGAGGUGUCGCAGGAAACAGUCGACUCGGGCAUGCUAUUCGACUCUUUCGGCAAUGAUGAGAGUGCCGCGUUCAAACGCUGGCUUACACACACCAUCUCCGAUUACUACGGCAUCCAGUCCCGCUCCGUCAAUCUCACAAAUCCAACACGCCGAGUCGUCUAUGUUGGUCUGAAGACUUCACAGGGUACUUCGCCUUUGCGAACGCUACCACGUCCCAUGUGGGAGGUGUGCUAA